AUGUCAGACAUGGAAGAUGUUUUGGAUAGGCAAGAGCGAGAAAGGCGAGCAAGAAUGCGCAAAAGAGCUGCAAGCAAAAGGGCGCAGAGAGAAUUAGAUGAGCAACUUGGUGUGGCCGUUGCUUUGAUGGAGGAAGAAAACCAGAGCCGUCGUGGUUCACGAGAAGGCCGGGCAUCGAAUGUGGACAUACAUAGACAUUCUCGGGUCAUGCAUGAUAUUUGCAAUUAUGAUGACUACUUUGUUCAAAAGAAAAAUUGUGCUGGAGAUUUGGGGCUGCUUCCCGGGCAAAAGUUCACAGCUGUGAUACGAAUGUUAGCGUAUGGGUCAUCUGCUGAUCAGGUGGAUGAGAUUGCCCGGAUGGGGAAGUCCACUAUUUUGGAGAGCUUGGUGCGAUUUUGUGAUGUAGUGGAAAAUCUGUACACCAUGGACUACCUGCGCAGACCUACGCCCAGGGACCUGCAACGACUUCUACAAAAAGCUGAGUCGCGUGGAUUUCUUGGAAUGAUUGGUAGCAUUGACUGCAUGCACUGGCAAUGGAAAAAUUGUCCAUCUGCUUGGCAAGGGGAUUAUGGUAAUCGGAAAGGGCAGAAAAGCAUCAUCCUCGAAGCAGUUGCUGGUUUUGAUACUUGGGUUUGGCACGCCUUCUUUGGAGUUGCCGGCUCUCAAAAUGAUUUGAACGUCCUAGGUCAAUCCCCGGUGUUCAAUGAUAUUUUGAGAGGUGAAUGCCCAAAUAUCACAUAUCAAGUGAGUCUUGACUCAUCGGGAAAUCCAUCGGUGAAUCCGAUGUCGGUGUCUCAUAGAGUGGCGUCUCGUUCAAGACUACCGUCGGACCCAUUGGAAUAA